AUGGAGGGAACCAGGCAAACCAGGAUUUGUCGUCCACACAAGAUAAGUGAAUCCUCAAAGGUGUACAGGUGGGACGACCACUCCAGUCUCGUCCUUCAGAGCCUGAAUGAGCAGAGGCACCGAGGCCUCUUCUGUGACAUUGUCCUCGUGGUGGAUGAGCAGAGAGUCCCAGCCCAUCGGAACCUCCUGGCCGUCUGCAGCGACUACUUCAACUCCAUGUUCACCAUCGGCAUGCGAGAAGCCCACCAGAAAGAGGUGGAACUUUUUGGAGCCUCUUACAUUGGCCUGAAGGCCGUGGUGGAUUUCCUGUACGGCAGCGAGCUGUCUUUAGACGGAGGGAACAUCGACUACGUGCUGGAAACGGCUCACCUGCUGCAGAUCUGGAAGGUGGUGGACUUCUGCUGCGAGUACCUGGAGAACGAGGUCAGCGAGGAGAACUACUUGUACCUGCAGGAGCUCGCCUCCAUCUACAACCUGAAGCGCCUUGACUCCUACAUCGACUCCUUCAUCCUGCAGAACUUUGGCACGCUCUCCUUCACCCCGGACUUCCUCCAGAACAUUUCCCUGCAGAAGCUGUGCCAGUACCUGGACAGCAGCAACGUGCAGCAGGAGUGCGAGCACGACCUGCUGCAGGCUGCCUUGCAGUGGCUCACCCAGUACCCGGAGAGGGAGAACGAGGCUUACCAGGUCCUGGAUAACAUCCAUUUUCCCUUGAUACCCAAAAGUGAUCUCCUCCACCGGGUCAAGCCUGCUGUCUGCUCGCUUCUGCCCAAAGAAGCCAACUGUGAGGGGUUCAUAGAGGAGGCGGUGAACUACCACAACAACGUGACGGCCCAGCCCGUGCUGCAGAACAAGAGGACAGCCCUGAGGACCUGUGAGGAGAGGCUGCUCUUUGUGGGAGGGGAGGUGUCGGAGCGCUGCCUGGAGCUGAGCGAUGAUACCUGCUUCCUGGACACCAGGAAGGGCCAGUGGGUGGCAGAAACCCCUCUCCCGGCCAGGCGAAGUCACCACUGCGUUGCAGUCUUGGGAGGCUUCAUCUUCAUAGCUGGAGGCAGCUUUUCAAGAGACAAUGGAGGGGAUGCAGCUUCAAAUCUCCUAUAUAGGUAUGAUCCCCGCUGUAACCAGUGGAUAAAGGUUGCCUCCAUGAGACAGCGCCGUGUCGAUUUCUACCUGGGAGCGAUUUCCGACAUGCUGGUGGCUGUUGGUGGCAGGAAUGAAAAUGGGGCACUUUCCUCCGUGGAGACAUACAGCCCUCAGAAGGAUUCGUGGUCCUACAUAGCAGGCUUGCCCAGGUUUACCUACGGCCACGCAGGGACGGUCUACAAGGAAUUUGUGUACAUCUCGGGAGGCCACGACUACCAGAUCGGCCCCUACAGGAAGAACCUGCUGUGCUACGACCACCGCACGGACGUCUGGGAGGAGAAGAGGCCCAUGAUCACUGCCCGGGGGUGGCACAGCAUGUGCACCCUGCAGGACAACAUCUACUCCAUCGGGGGCAGCGACGACAACAUCGAAACCAUGGCUCGGUUCGACAUCCUCAGCGUGGAGUCCUACAGCCCCCAGUGUAACCAGUGGACCAGGGUGGCUCCCCUCCUGCAGGCAAACAGUGAGUCAGGGGUGGCCGUGUGGGAAGGCAAGAUUUAUAUCCUCGGAGGCUACAGCUGGGAAGAAACGGUCUUCUCCAAAACGGUCCAGGUUUAUGAUAAGGAGAAAAACAAGUGGUCCAAAGGAACUGACCUGCCCAAAGCCAUCGCUGGCGUGUCCGCCUGCGUUUGCGCGUUGAAACCCAAAACAGAGGACAAAAAGAAAAAGGCAAAAACAAAAAAACAUCAAGACCGAGGCAGAUGACUACUUCUGGAUAACCACCCUUUGAUGGUGGGCUCCAAAAGGACUUUGUAUUGAAUCGUUUCUAUCUAACCUAGAUUCUUUCUUUUUAUUUUUAAAGGGGGUAGGGGGGGGAGUCAUAUUCUGAAGCUUCAGAAAAUGUACAUUUGAAUGUGGUUUGCAGAUUGAGUUCAUGUUUAAGGU